CCCCACCGCCCGGGCACCCGCCCGGCCCCGCCCCCGCGCCGGCUCCUCCCCGCGGCUGCGCGGCCCCGGCGCGGCACGGCCCUGCCCGGAGCGGAGCGGAGCGGCCGCGAUGGUGCCUGAGCUGGAGAAAGCCACGGUCUGCAUACAGCAGCCGGAGCGUGUGAUGGGGAUAAUCCGGGCCAUGAAGGAGCAGGGGAUAAACAAGCUGCAGGUCAUUUCUGACUUCGACAUGACACUGAGCAGGUUUGGGUGCAACGGCAGACGCUGCCCCACUUCACACAAUAUCCUCGAUAACAGUCACGUUAUCAGUGAGGACGGCAGGAAGAAGCUGAAAGAUCUGCUGGACUACUACUACCCCAUUGAAAUCGAUUCCAAACGGACCCUGGAAGAGAAACGUCCCCUCAUGGUGGAGUGGUGGACCAGGGCCCACGAGCUGCUGUCGCAGCAGAAGAUCCAGAAGGGUGACAUAGCCCAGAUAGUCAGAGAAUCGGACGUGAUGCUGAGGGAUGGAUUCAACGAAUUAUUUGAUCAGCUGCAUAAGUACAACAUCCCCUUGUUCAUCUUCUCUGCUGGCGUCGGUGACAUCCUUGAAGAGAUUAUCCGUCAGGCCAACGUCUUCUACUCGAAUGUCAACGUGGUGUCCAACUACAUGGACUUUGACGACAAUGGAGUCCUCACACAUUUCAAGGGACCUCUCAUCCACACCUACAACAAGAACAACAGCGUCCUGCAGGGUACGGAGUAUUUCCAGCAGCUGAGCACUAGGACAAGCAUCAUCUUGCUGGGGGACUCCAUGGGUGAUCUGACGAUGGCAGAUGGCGUUCCCAGUGUGGAGCACAUCCUCAAGAUUGGCUUUCUCAAUGACAAGGUGGAAGAGCAGAGGGGGAAGUACCUGGAUGCCUACGACAUUGUGCUGGAGAGCGAUGAGACGCUGGAUGUCGUCAACGGGAUUCUCCGGUACAUCCUUACCAAGAAAUGAGCAGGGGAGGCAGCGUCCCAGCUCCAGCCCCUCAGCAAGACACCUGGACAGUGAAUGUCCUUCCCUCAGCAAAGCUGGAGUGGCUCUCCUGGUACCUGCUGGACUCCAUCCUGACGCUGGGCAGGCUCCCUGCCCUGGCUCUCGUGUCUUGUGCACAUCCCGACCUCACUAACCCCCUCCGGCCAGCCCUGGAGUGGGAGAGUUGGGAUGAAGGAAGCUUCUCCACGCCCUUUACCCCACCUGAGCCCAGCUCUGCUGCUUCCCACUCGGACUUCAUCCCACUCAGACUUCACACCAGCCAGUGCCUGAGGCCACAACAAACCAUUUCAUGUUUUGGGUAGAGAUGCCCUGCGUUUGUUUCGGCAGCCAAGCACAGAAAUGGAGGUCGUUUGCUGUGUCCUGAGGACAGACCUGUUUUAGAUGGAAGCUGUUAAGUUUUAUUGCGUUCCUGUCUGAGAAAACCAGUCUCUCUCUUGUCCUGUUUUCUGUGGGCUUUAAAGUGCCCGGCUGAGCUCUGGCGGUGCUGCUUGCCGAUGGGCUGGCGUGGCCCUGCCAGGCAUAGCGUCCCCCAGCCCCACGCCCCCCGCAGAAACCCUGCAGGUCCCUGGCCCCCGUGCCCCAGCCCUGCUGUCCCUCUUGCUCAUUACAGCUCUUGCUGUAAAAUAAAAAAGAAAAAAGGCUUUUCCAGUGA